AUGUCACGGCAGCGCUGUAAUUCAUGUUAAAACUUAUCUUUGCGUUCUCAGUCUGUAUAUCAUUCAGUUGUUUGUCAUCAUGUUUCGGCGCGGUUUAUCAGACGCAGAAAUUGCGGAUUUGAUCAAUCAUAGCGACACUCUGGAUAAUGUAGAGAGUGAUUCAGACGAUUCUGAAUGCAAUGGUGUGUUUGAAGAAGACGAGAUUGAUGACAGUUUGUCUUCAGAUGAAGACGAGAAUGAUGUUGAAGGUGUUGCUUCAAAUCCAGCAGCUGUGCCGUAUCCGAAAGACAGUGAGUGGACUGCAGUUGACACCUACCGACCUCUGCCUGUCAACACGACACCCAGGCAGAUACUAGUGGAUAUUGAUGAGUCGAGUUCUGUACUGGAUUGCAGUAAAGUGUUCCUUACUGACAGUGACGUAAAUGAACUCAAGAGACAGACAAAUUUGUAUGCAUCACAGACAAUACAGAAGAAAAGAAGAGGAAAUAAUCUGAAGCCCCAUUCAGUUUUGAGUUCGUGGAAGCCAGUGACUAUAAGUGAGAUGAGGCGUUUCUUGGGUAUUAUUUUCCACAUGUGUGUUUCGAAAAAGCCAAAAAUUGCGGACCAUUGGAGCACUAAUCCUGUUCUUAGUUGUAACUUUUGUCCCCAUGUCAUGAGCCGUUUGCGUUUCACUCAGAUACUGUCAUGCUUGCAUCUUGUUGACAAUUCAAAUCAGAAAAAACCAGGCGAAGAUGGAUUUCAUCCACUUUACAAAGUUUUGCCAUAUUAUAAUAAUUUGAAGGAGCGAUGUAUCCAGGCAUAUCGUCCCUCAGAAAAAGUGACAAUUGAUGAAGGAAUUUGCCCAUUUCGAGGUCGUGUGAGUUUCCGUGUUUACAUGCAAAAUAAGCCUCAUAAGUAUGGACUGAAAGUAUAUGCUGUUGCUGAAGCCAGUAGUGGCUAUGUUGUAAAUUUUGAAGUUUAUGCUGGUAAGCAUAUUGUUGACAAUUCUUCGUCUGCGGUUAUUUUGCGAUUGUUGUCUGACAGCAGCUUGCUGAACAAAGGCCACACUGUGUAUUUAGAUCGAUUUUAUUCCAGUCCAGAGCUAUUUCAGCAACUGGCAGAGAAAGGCACUGGAGCUGUUGGUACUGUGAACAAAUCCAGGAAAGGAUUGCCUAAAGAUUUAGUAUCUGCUAAGCUGAAAAAGGGCGAAAUGUCUUUUCGGCGUAAAGAUAAUGUAUUGGCAAUGAAGUGGAAAGAUAAGAGAGAUGUGUAUACAUUGUCUACAAGGCAUCAAGCAACAUUUGGUACGCAUACUAAGAGAAAUGGGUCUGUAGUAUUGAAACCACUUCAGCUUGUUGAAGACGACACACUUGAAUUCAUUCCAAGAAAUGAAGGAACUGUAGGUCGGCUAACAAAGAGACAUUUUUUGCAGCACAUACCUGCAACUACUAAGAAGUAUGCUGCUCGUGUGUGUCACGUGUGCAGUUCCAGGAGCAAGAAACAGAGUGGCAAGGCUUCUCGCAAAGAGACACGAUACGAAUGUGAACAGUGUGGCGUUGCACUCUGCCUGGAACCUUGCUUUAAAAUUUUCCACACUAAAAAACAAUAUGAUUCUGUGUGA